AACAGAGCACGAUGCACGGUUGAAAAAAAAUAAUCUUAGUUGUGAUUUCCCUCUGGGAUUUGCACUGACUAUGCAUGUAAUGGGGGAAAGAGCAUGUAUGUGUGUGUGUCUGUGUGUGUUUUGAGGCGGGGGGAUCAUGAAAAAAUGUUCUUCCCUUUUAAAAAAAUUUUUUUUUCAGACGUUAAAUUCUUUUGCAAACAUUCAUGCCUAAGGAAGGGUUGGAACAAACCUGAGCCGCCUGAACCGGUCAGACAGUCUUCCUGGUGAAGAGAAGGAACCCAGUGGCUGCGAUCCGCAGUUGGGAUGAGCUCCCAGACGAAGAAAGAGCCGACACCUACAUCCCAGUGAGCCUGGAUUGCAUGCUCCACUACAGCACCGAGGACUACCGCAGCGAGAGCAGCAGCAGUAGCAGCAGCGAGAGCAGCGGCGGCGGCGGCAGCCACGGGGACCCCGGGGGCGCCGACCUCUGCUGCCUGGAGAGCGGCAGUGGCGGCUCCGUGCAGGAGCCGGAGCCCAGGGACCAUCUCGCUCCCCAGUCGGGAGCUCCGGAGCCCAGGACCAACGAGGAGCCAGUGCUGCACCUGGCAGGAAAGCGCCCGACCGCCAGGUCUAAAAUCAAGUUCACAACAGGGACCUGUAAUGAAGCUAUGGUGUAUAGUUGCGAGCUAUGUGGCAAAGGCUUUUGUCUCCAGCGGAUGCUCAACAGGCACCUCAAGUGCCACAACCAGGUGAAAAGACACCUGUGCACCUUCUGUGGCAAAGGCUUCAAUGAUACUUUUGACCUGAAAAGGCACGUCCGGACUCACACAGGUAUCCGCCCCUACAAAUGUGAGAUCUGCAACAAGGCCUUCACCCAGCGCUGCUCUUUGGAGUCUCACCUGAAGAAGAUCCAUGGGGUGCAGCAGCAGUAUGCCUACAAGCAACGUCGGGACAAGCUGUACGUCUGUGAGGACUGCGGCUACACAGGCCCUACACAAGAGGACUUGUACCUGCAUGUAAACAAUGCCCACCAGGAAUGUGCUUUCCUCAAAAAGACAUCGAAAAACUGGCUGCCAUUUUACAGACCGAAGCUGACUUCUGUUCUCCAGAGGAAUGCUAAACUGAACGAGGAGGACAAAUGAUGGGAAAGGAGAAAAAGAGAGGGGCCGAUGUUAUGAAGUUUACAUGUUUUGAUAAGUUCAUGUGCUGGUUUUGUCCCCUUCUCUCUUUAGAUUUUUUUUUUUUAAAUUAAGAAAAGUUCAGAGAUCUUCUCUAUCCCUUCUGGUUUCCUCAAGACAGUGGCCUCAUUCACCUUUGAUCUGUUCUGACGCCACCACUUGUAAUGUUGGUGUCUAGUCUGGAAACUGAGAGAAAUUGAAGCAAGACUUGCAAAAAGGUUGUUUUGUGUUUUUUUUUAAACGGGGGCCACUGUUGUGUUUUGUACAAAUCAUUGUUAGGACUCUGUUAAAAGGGGUAAAGGUCUUCUUGAAGAUGGUACUGUUUUUUAUUCUACGAGAUCCUGGGUUGCUGGUGCCUUUAAGGAAAGUAGCCUCACUCAAAUGUUGUUAAAAUGAGAAUGGGAUUAUUUCCUUUCUAACCAAGUUUACAGAAAUUAUUUUAAUAAAUGAAAUGGCCCUAUGAACCUUUUUUUCUAAGAAGAGACCAACUAUAUUUUCAUGUCAGGCUUUAUGGUGUGAACUUUGACUUUAGACUGUGUGUUUUUGAUUGUUUUUAUGAUUGGUUGGGAAGGUACUUUUUUUUUAAAAAAUGGAGGAAGUCGAGAGCUGGGGUGAAAAAAAUCAGAGCGAAAGCCGAGCAGCGUCCAAAAUUCAGAUCUUCAAGAUCCCCCACCUUCCCUUGGCAGUUGUGUUGGCACCUUGUUGGCACACUGGUUGGGUGCUGUUGCUGUUGCAACUGUAAAAAUCAAAAAUAAAAUAAAGGAAGGCAAAUUCACAAACCCUUCAUUUUGCUUUAUUACCAAGGAGGCAGCUCCACAAAGUGCAUAAGACGAUGUUAAGACUGAACAGUUGUACUACCAACACAAUCCCACAGGUACACAGGAUGGGUCCUAAUUAUUACGGAGACCAGGAUGUCUCAGAGUUCCUUGAUCCAGAGUUGGAAUGGACCUUAGGCACCAUGUAGUCCAACUCUCACUUUACAGAUGAAGAAACUGAGGCUCCUAGAGGCAAAUACCCAAGAACUCAGGAUGCCCAGCAGAGCCAGAAUUAUAAUCUAAAAUCCAGAGCUCUUUCCAUUACACUGUAUUACUCAAGCUCCCUAA